AUGACUUAUUCACCAUUCAACCAGCAGCAUUCGCAUCCACAUCUGGAUGUACACCAUAUGGCGGCUUCUCCCGUUGGAGAAUCGCCAUUGUCGCCUCUUUCUGAUCUUUCAUACCAGACGAAUUCGAGGCAGAACACUGUGUGGUCCGACCAGAGUGCUCAUCAUCCGCAGACCCAUUGGGAUCCGCAUGGUCAGGGCCAAAUGAACGGUCAAGCUCAAGCUCAGAUGCAGGCUCACAUUCAAGCUCAGGCACAGGCUCAAGCUCAGGCUCAAGCUCAAGCGCAGGCUCAGGCUCAGGCUCAGGCUCAGGCUCAGGCCCACGCUCAGAUGCAAGCCCAGAUGCAUUUACAUGAUCAGCAUCCACUUUCACAACAGCAACAGCAUCAACAGCAGCAGCAACAGCAACUUCAGUUCCAUAACAAUUUAAUGAGCCCUGUCAUUGGAUCAAAUGGUAUUGGCAUGUCUGACAUGUCGUCUAUGCAUCUACCAUCGCAAGAGUAUUUGGAUUAUUCAACUUUACAAUCGGCCUCUUCAGAAUUUUUGUCUCCAAUACCAGUCAACGUUAUGUCUGCAGAACCACAAGAUCAUAUGUCUACUGUCAACAUGAUUGCGCAAUUUACAGCGGAGGCUAACUUGCCUCUCUCGUUACAGUCGGGCCAGUUGAAUAAUCCAAGAGAUUUUACUACGGCGCCUUCAAGAACAGUUUAUCUAGGUAACAUUCCUGCUACCAUUACUUACAAGGCAUUGUUGGAUUACGUGCGUACCGGUGUAGUGGAAGAAGUUAAGAUUUUAUCUGAAAAGAUGUGCGCAUUCGUUUCAUUUGUGGAUGAGAACGAUGCCUUGUUGUUCCAUUCUGAUGCCAUCCUGAAAAGACUAAAUAUCGAUGGGCGUGAUAUCAAGAUCGGAUGGGGCAAACCGCAACCUAUUGAUCCCAUCGUUCGUGCUGGUAUAGCUAAUGACGGUGCGACAAGAAACGUGUACAUCGGUAAAUUAAACACCAAUAAGGACUCAUGUGAAAAAUGGGGUGCUGAUCCAAAGGAAAUCCUAGUAACUAAGGAGAAACUUUAUGAUGAUUUGUCCCAAUUCGGUGAAAUUGAAAGUAUCAAAUUGGUUGAAGACAGAGGAAUUGCAUUUGUUCAUUUUACUUCCAUAUUCGCUGCCAUCAAAGCAGUUGCAAAUAUCGGUUCCAUCGAUCCAUACUAUUCGAACAAAAAAGUAUUUUACGGUAAAGAUAGAUGUGCAUUCAUUACCAAGACUCAACAGCAUAACGUGGCCCAAUUCCUUGGUAUACAACCAGGUAUGGAAGCUUUGAUGGAAAAUAAUAGAGAGCUAAUCUCUCAAACAUUGUUACAACAAUCUGCGGCGGCCGCUGCCAUUGCCACUUCUGCAGGAGGUGCCAACAAUUUGGGCAACCGUACUGUGUAUCUAGGAAACCUUCCAAAGAACGUGAAAUUGGAAGAGAUUUGCAAUGCAAUUCGUGGUGGUCUUUUACAAAAUAUUAAACUUCUUAACGACCGUCACGUUUGUUUUGUAACAUUCAUUGACCCUACUGCUGCUGCGCAAUUCUAUGCCAUGAGCUCAUUGCACGGUUUAACCAUUCAUAAUAAACGUUGUAAGAUUGGUUGGGGUAAACACUCUGGGCCAUUACCAAACCCAAUAGCAUUAGCUGUUUCCAGAGGUGCAUCUCGUAAUAUUUAUCUAGGGAACAUCAACUUUGAAGAAGACGCAAAGCAAGAAGAAUCCGUGUUUGCUGAGGAUACUUUGCGGGCAAUCUUUGAAGAGUUUGGAACUGUCGAACAGAUUAAUUUCUUAUACGAGAAAAACUGUUGUUUCAUCAACUUCGCUAACAUUAGCAACGCGAUCUUAGCUAUUGAUAAGAUAAAAUCUAACCCUCAUUUCAAUAACUUAAAAAUAAAUUUCGGUAAGGAUAGAUGUGGUAAUGUUCCUAGACAGUUUUGA